AUGCAAGCGGCGCGGCAGGUGGACGACAAGGAGUGCUACAGCAGCUACACCACCAAUGGCGCGGCCAACGGGCGGCCGCAGCGCAAGAGCCAGGCCGCGCCGUCCAGGCUCAAGCCGAUGCCGUCCAAGUGGGACGACGCGCAGAAGUGGCUCGUCGGCAUGUCCAACGGCGGCGACGGGAUCCACGGCGGCAAGGGCGGCGCCGCCAAGCCCCGCAACUCCAACGCCGACGACCGGCGGCUGCUGAGCUCGUCGUCGCAGAACGGGCGCGUGUCCUGCAGCAGCGUGGACGGCGGGGUCGAGUACAACAUGGUGGUGGCGCCCCCGACGCCGCCGCAGCUGGGCGAGGGCGGCAGCGGCGACGACGUCGGCGAGACCAAGAACGUGGACUGCGGCGGCAUGCUGCUGCGCCCGCACGGCCACGGGUACGGCUCGCCCGUCUCGGUGUGCCUGCGCGACAUGGGCACCGAGAUGACGCCCAUAGCCAGCAAGGAGCCGUCCAGGGCCGCCACGCCGCUGCGCGCCACCACGCCCGUCGCGCGGAGUCCGGUCCCGUCGCGGUCGUCCACGCCCGGGAGGCGGCGGCAGGACGAGCCGCCCGUGGGCGUUGUCGCCGGGGUGGUCAGGACGGCCGAGCAGAUGGUGUCGAGCAGUGUCGUCAGUGGCGGCGAGGCGCCGAGCGACGGCGGGGUGGACGGUCGAGUUCCUAGAGCAAACACGCUCGAGUCUCGCGCCGCGGCCUGGGACGAAGCCGAGCGUGCAAAGUUCACGGCGAGGUACAAGCGUGAAGAGGUGAAGAUACAGGCCUGGGAGAACCAUGAGAAGAGAAAAGCUGAGAUGGAGAUGAAGAGAAUUGAGAUGAAGGCAGAACAGAUGAAAGCUCGGGCGCAGGAGAAGCUCGCCAACAAACUGGCGGAGGCGAGGCGAGUCGCCGAGGAGAAGCGGGCGAGCGCUGAGGCCAUGCUGAACGAGGGAGCGGCGAGGACGUCGGAGAAGGCGGACUACAUCAGGAGGACGGGCCACCUCCCCUCCUCCUUCUUCUCCUUCAGGAUACCCUCGCUCUGCGGCUAACAUAUAUACAUUCACAUGCUUAUUUGAACUCAACAAUGGAUCUGCCUCUGCAGAUUUUAGUGGUGUAUAAUUUUACUC